AUGCCUAUGAUGAAUGGUCUGUUUUCUAGGUCACCACAGAAGGAUGACGAAUAUGUGGAUGACUUAUCCAGGGACGUUGAAAACAUGAGUUUUGGUGCUCCGUCUACACCAAAGAAGAACACAAAACAGGAUGGAUCUUUUAUGCACAUUUGUUCCCCCGAUAGAAACACAGAGCAAGUAGAUUUAGAUUUAUUUCCGAGAAACAACAAGGAGAAUACCCCUAGUGGGUCGCCUAAUAAAUAUACAUCUAGGGGUUACAGACAAAAUAAUUUGUUUCAAUCACGGUUAGAUCGGGAAUUUUACACCAAAGCGAAUGGGCCUAAAACCAAGCGUUUGGUUACAGUUUGUCAGAUGUACUUUCUAGAUUACUACUGUGAUAUGUUUGACUAUGUGAUCAAUAGGCAACAAAGAAUUGCUCAAGUUGAACGCUCUUUAGCUACUCUACCACCUGAAGAAGCCAAUGCUCAAUGGAAGAACUACGUUGGACGUGAGAGAGCAUUUUUAAGGAAAAGACGUAGUAAACCCAAACAUAAAGAUUUUGACAUUAUCACACAAGUUGGACAGGGUGGGUAUGGCCAAGUUUUUCUUUCCAAGAAAAAAGACACCAAAGAAAUCUGCGCCUUGAAAGUUUUGAACAAGAAACUGUUGAACAGAUCAGAUGAGACUAGGCAUGUGCUUACAGAAAGGGAUAUUCUAACAAACACUAGGUCUGAGUGGCUAGUGAAACUAUUCUAUGCAUUUCAAGAUGCUGAGAAUGUUUAUAUGGCAAUGGAAUUUGUCCCCGGUGGAGAUUUUCGUACGUUGUUGAACAACGCCGGGUACCUAAAUCAUCAGCAUGCCAAAUUUUAUAUAUCCGAGAUGUUUGCAUCUGUUAAUGCACUACACCAGCUAGGAUUCACUCAUAGAGAUUUAAAGCCUGAAAACUUCCUUAUUGAUGCAAAGGGUCACAUUAAGUUAACAGAUUUUGGUUUGGCUGCUGGCUCUGUCUCUAACGAUAGAAUUGAGUCUAUGAAAUUGAGAUUGAAUCAGGUGAAAGAUUUAGAGUAUAAGCCAAUUGAAAGUAAAUUGAGUGAACGUCAGAAAAUGUACCGUCUACUACGUACAAAGGAUGUACAAUAUGCUCACUCAAUGGUGGGCUCUCCAGAUUACAUGGCCUUGGAGGUCCUGGAAGGAAAACCUUACGAUUAUACCGUUGACUAUUGGUCUUUGGGAUGUAUGCUAUUUGAAGCUAUUGUUGGAUAUACCCCCUUUUCUGGUCGCUCUUCUGAUGAAACCUAUACCAAUUUAAAGAGGUGGAAAAGUGUGUUGCGUAGACCCGUCUAUGACAAUGGACAAUAUGUGUUCAGCGACAGAACAUGGCAAUUGAUCACUAGAUUAAUAGCCUCCCCUAAUGAAAGAUUGAGAUCAUUUAAACAAGUUAUUGAAAUGCCUUACUUUGCGGAAGUAAGGUGGGAUACAUUAAGAGAAGUUGUUCCUCCAUUCAUUCCACAAUUGGAUAACGAGAUUGAUGCUGGCUAUUUCGAUGAUUUUGAGAAUGAAGAGGACCUGGCAAAGUAUAAGGAAGUUAUGGAGAAGAGAGCACGGGAUGAACACAAUGCAAUGAGUGUUAAGGGAGAUCCGAAAAACUUUGUUGGUUUUACCUUUAAGCAUAAGGGGAAUCCAGGAACGAAUCCAAACAACAUUCUGACACCUAUAAUGCUAAACGGUAGAAGUAGUGAUAGGACACAUUACCACCGUUAUAACUCCCCAUUCAGUACUUUAUAUUAA